AUGCAUCUGAAUAUCCUGCGCCUGGCAUUCGACACUUAGAUAGAUCUAAUCAUUCUCCAGAAAUUUUUAAAGAUUUUCACAAUACAAGCGUUGAUAUGUGGUCCAUAGGAUAUUUAAUCAUAACGGCUCAU